AUGCAGCAGGAGCUGUGGCUCAGGGCCAAAUCUCAGGUGAUCGCCUCCCUGAAAACAGUGUGUGCAAUGAGGGCAGCCGCCUCGCACCCGCUCCCUCCACCGUAUGAACAGGAGCUGAAGAACGCUCUGUCCUCCAGUGAUGGCAACUCACUCAAACCAACUCACCUCAGGACACGGAUGACCAACGGCACCUUUAUCAACAGUCAUGGCCAUAACAGAGAAAAUGCAGAUCAACAAAAUACUGGUGAGAGUCCAAGGAAUCUAAACAACCCAGUGAAGACCUCAAGGAGCCAUCAGGAGCUGCACCGGGAACUGCUCAUGGCCCACAGGAAAGGUCUGGCAGUGUGCUGUAAACCCGAGCUGCAGAUGGUUCUGGAGAGGAGGAAGAAGGAGCAGACCCAGAGAGAGGAGGGGGAACAGUGCAGGAGCCCGCUGGAGCAAGUCCUCCUCCAACGACAACAGAAACAGCAGGAGAGGGAAAAGGAACAGGAAGAGAAGAUACAGCACGAGACACAGCUUCUGGAGUUUAUCCGAGUGAGACAGAAUUUGAGGAAAGUGCAUUCAGCACUACACAAGAACACCAACUCCUGA